AGCAUUGGGUACAUACAUACAUACAUACAUACAUACAUACAAACAUACUUUAGUACAUACAUACAUACUUGCAUACAUACAUGUACAUCGUGAUCUUGAUCCUGCUGCCAAGGUUCGCUACAUACACACAUACAUACAAGAAACAGACCCACAUACACCCACUCUAAUGUUGUAACCCUUCCACCCAGUGAUACAUAUGCUGUUUUUUCUUCGUUAUUUCUUCCAUUUGGUUUCUAUAUGUCCGGUUCACACAGGAUUCAGCGGAAUAUCCGAUGUAGUAUCAUCGAAGAGGAUCGAUUCGGUCGCCCAGGAGAAAACUUGAGGUCGUCAAUUAACAUCAUUGGUGGACUUGAUAUUUCGUACAGCAGCAACGACAACCAGACGGCCGUGGCUGCGCUAUCGCUAUAUAACUACGGUACCAUGCAACACCUGCAUACAUUUAAGAUUCCCGUCAAAAUAACCGUACCAUACAAAUCCGGCUUCUUGGCGUAUCGAGAAGUCGAGCAUUAUGUCACGUUGCUGGAGACGCUUAAGAAGGAACACCCCGAGUGGAUGCCACAGGUGCUUUUGGUGGAUGGCAGUGGAAUUUUGCACCCCAGAGGCUGUGGCUCAGCCAGCCAUCUAGGAGUUGUGGCUGACGUGCCCACCAUUGGUGUAGCCAAAACACUUUAUAUUCCAGCGGUUCAAGCCCGAAGUGAGCGACAAUUCCGAGAAGACAAUAUCAAACACCUUUGCCAAAACAGAGGGACGGCUCCAGUGAUUGGAAAGGGCAAGACCGGCAUCAUUGGAGUAGCCAGCGUCAACAAAGGUGGAUCAACACCCGUCUAUAUUUCAGUUGGCCACAGAGUGUCUCUGAAUACUGCAGUUAGAAUAGUCCACCAGUGCUAUCGAGGCAAUUGUAGAAUUCCAGCUCCUAUAGACAGUGCUGAUCAAGAAUCUCGACAACAGAUUGGUGCAAGAACAAGGGGCACUCGUCCGCGUGUGAAAGCCAAGCCUAGAGAUCGCAACAGUUACCACGGAGCAGUGCAGCAGGUCGACAUGGACGCCUCUGGCGGCAAGGAUUCCACGACUUCCGCCACACAUGACGUUCAGCAGGAGACUCCGAAUACAGCUCUUCAGUCAGUUUUUUGUGUCUCACCAGUGUCCCCACCCUCCGACGUUUCAUUUCUGCCCGUCGUCUUCCCUUUCUUUCUUGACUGUAUAUAUGUUAUGCCAGUUUUAUGCUGCCAUAUUACCACUUGGGGUUAAACACCCGGUUUUUUCCCUCAUUCGUGCGUCCGUCAGCGCGAGGGUUUUUUCCCGGCUGGCUCGGUCCAGAGAAAUUAAUUUGACGGUCCCAAGUGGUGCUUAUCCUGACUUUAUGUUAUGUGAAUUCAAUCACUUUUCCUCCUGGGGUCUGCCUCCCUGUUGUUACUCCUAGUUUCUUCUACAUUCCGGUUUACAUCUGGCUACGGCCUACUACCCUCACUCUGUGUGCUCCUGCCUCUGUUGUCUGGGUCCAUGUCCUUAUGUCUGUGUAUGUGGAGCGAGAACAUCGGUUCUGGAUUAUAAUAUUCCUGUUACACUACUACUAGGAUAAACAUACAUAUCGAACAGAAAACUUACAUGUAGUUGCGUGAUGUAUGCAGCCUUCAUUUUAUUUACAGCUCUAGGUCAAACCGACAUGUUUGCAUAACCGUACCUUGACCAGCGCUUCAUCUGUUUGCCACAAAUAUGACGCUUGUUUUACGCCUUGCUUUAAACUUUGCCUGUUGGAGGAAUUUUGCACACCUUAGUUGAUCUCACCAGUACAGACUGUAUAUUGCCGAAAUCCAUAGUCUAUUGCCAGUGAAAAGCACUCAUUACCCUCCCUUUCUUUUUCUCUCCCUAUCUCCUUUCCCUCUCUGACAGCAUCUUUCUUUUUCUCCCUUUUAGCUUGCCGUGGUUGGCUAUCACCUGACCUCUCAUGUUUAUUGGCAGUCUUCGGACGGGCCAGGAGAUGUUGAAUAAAUAAAUAAAAAUAAAUUAUUCUAGAGAACAAUGUCUUAGAACUCAGCCAUCUGAAUUCUCCACCGAGCAAUAAAACGCGUUACAUGUAUACAUUGUUUGUUUGUUUGAAGUUUUAUUUUACAUCGCAAACCAAACGGGCAUUGAUGCCC